AUGGAAAGCAUAAAUCAAUUGAAUAUUAAAGGAAGAAUUCGACACUUUAAAGUUGGAAAGAAUAUAAUAUUCCAACAUGUUUCAAAGGAAGAUUCUGUAAAAUAUAAAGGAUUGACUGAUGAACAAAUUGGAAUUUAUCAAAUGAUUGAACUUUCCGGAAACAAGGGUAUUUGGAAAAAGAGCAUUUCUAAAAAAGCCAAAAAGAAUGAAAAGGACCUUGAAAAGAUAUUAAAAGCUCUUGAAUCUAAGCAAUUAAUUAGAAAAAUUUCAGACAUUACACAAAAGAAGGGAACUCAGAUUGUUUAUAUAGCUUCACAUAUAGAACCUAGUAAGGAGAUUACAGGAGGUAUUUGGUAUAUUGAUGGAAAAUUUAAUUCGGAACUUGUUGAUAAACUGAGAACAGAAACCAUAACUUAUUUAGAAAAGAAACCAAAGAGAACACAUGAAGUAUUGGAACAUAUUAAAUCUUUGGCUAUUAUAGAUCAUGUUGAUUUGGGAUCAGAUGAUAUGCAACAAGUUAUUGACACUUUGGUUUUUGAUGGAUUUUUAGAGAAAAUUAUUGAUAAUAAUAAUGUGGGAAAUCAAUCUCUUUACAGAGUUGCCCUAUCAAGUGUUUCAACAGAAAACGCUUUUGUGGAUAUUCCUUGUUCUACUUGUCCAGUAUUUGAUCAAUGUACAGAAAAUGGAGAUAUUACUCCAAAGACUUGUCCUUAUUUGAAAAAGUGGAUGGAUUUUUAA